AUGGGCAUCAUCAACCAGAACCUUGACACUCCCAGCCUUGCUGAGAUUCAAGCCAUCUGCUUGAUCAUUAUCCAUGAGUGGGGUUCCCGCAAUGCUGUUCGUGCCUACAUCUACCUGGGCCAGGCUAGCCGCAUGGUCCAGAUGUACCGCAUCCUUCACAGCCAUCAUGCUGCCGUCAGCGACGCCGACCGCUUCCUGCAGGACGAGUCGUUCCGCCGUGUGCUCUGGUUGCUAUACAUCCUCGACUGCCUUCUCACCAGUACGCCCGGCCGACAGCCGGCUUUGUCUGUCAAUGACACGUCUGAUGUCUCCCUUCCCUGCUCUGACAUGAACUUUGCCUUUGGCAAUGCAGUCUUUGUUCAGACCAUCAACCUGGCGGACCCCUCUCGUAUGCCCGCUGGCACUCGCACUGAUGACGUGGGCGAGUUUGGUCAGAUUGUCCUGGCUACACGCAUCUGGCGCGAUGUUGUCCAGAUGUUGAUGACCACGACCACCGAGACGUUUAACGACAAUGUCUGCUCCGGUCUGAUGGGGGAGAUUGAGCGCCUUCGGACCUCUCUCUCGAUGCAGUACGUGGACAAGCCUGGCCAGAUAAACCUUCACAUCACCAUGGGCUCUGGCUUCACCUACGCCAUGCUCCACUGCAUGCUCCACUGCGCCUCCAUUUUCAUCAACCGCCGCCGUCUCCUGCAGUACGUCACGGCCCCUGGCUUCAACCUGGAGAGCUGGCGUCUCACGCCCCAGUGCCACGAGAUCAUUGAUCGGCUCUUCACUUCGUGCCACAGCACCAUCGCCAUGUUGACGGCGCUUGAGGCUGGCUUCGACAAGGAGGGCAUCAUCUGCUUCCCCAUUUUCAUGCUCUUCUCUUCCUUCACGGCCAGUGCGACCGUCGCCUACCUGUCUCUCAAGGGCCUAACUCCUCCCAACGCCGUUGAGACCGCCGGCCAUAUCGUGCGCGACGGUCUCCACUUCAUGCAAGAUGGAGUAGACACUUGGCCCCUGAUCAGCUCGUGGCUGCGUCAUCUCGCUGUCAUGCAUAGAGUGCUGGGCAACGAUGCCGGUGCCACCAGCCCCAGCGUUGGAGGCACUUCGGUGCCUCCCACCACGGCGCCUGCUGACCAGGCAUCCGUUAAGGACGAGGCCGCCUCCAACCCCGACACCAACCCGGACGCCAUGGACUACGACCAGGCCUCCAACGCCGCGGCGCCUCAGGGCCCUGUCAGCAACAACCAUACCGCCUCUGUGAGCGAGAGUGGCCGCGACAGCGAGCCUCCUGCCCCCCAACCUCGCCGUCCCGGUGUGACCACUAUCAACGGUGGCUCCGGUGGUGUUGGCACUCCAGCUUCCGCAAGCCCUCCCCCUCCCCAGCCCCAGGCCGAGGUCAAGCAGUCCACCGAGAUGCUGCCGCAGCCCCCCAACGCCAACGGCGUUCCUUCUGCAGAGCCGGCCGCUUCUGUGCCUCAGGACAUGACGGCCAGUGAGCUGUGCUCUGCAUUCGAGCGGCAGCUGCUCGAGCUGGACGACCUUGCCGCUUUCAUGGGUGGUGGCGUUUGA